UAUAGUAUUUAUCACCAACAGUACACCUAACAUCAUCUGGCUUUGACUCUUUCAAGUUUUUCUUUAGCUGCAGAGCAUCCUUACAAGAUUCGAUUUCACAGCUAAUAUUAGCCCCCACCCGAUAGUUCUUCAAGUAGAUAAUUAUAUUGAAGUGCAAAUUACAGCUCUGACAAUUCAACUCCGAAGCUCUAAAAUUGCGAGCCAGAAAAAAGAAAAUGAAGAGAGUAUCAUGCGUAAAAGCCGGCAGGAUACACCCAAUUCAAAAGUCACUGUUAAGAGUUCAGUUUUGCCUUUGUCGUGCUCUUUAUCUUACUUUCUUUUUUGAACAUUUCCAGUUGUUUUUGUAGAAGCAGAUGGAAUUGUUUUGCUAAAAGUAAAACCAAAUAGUUUUGCUGCCACAUCCAAUCUAGAGUUUAUCACUGAAAUCUUUCAUAUCCAUGCGGGUAGAUUUUACUCGUUAUGUGGUAACACUUGAUGUUUGAAAACUAUCAUUUCAACAAUGGAGAGCCUUCCUUUCUUUAUCUUCUUCAGCACUUCGUUCAUACAAUCUCUCUACUUCUUGUCAUCUGCUGCUGAUAUCAUAACUCCAGAUCUACCUGUCAAAGAUGGCCAGACUUUAAUUUCUGUAUCUCAAAGUUUUGAGCUAGGUUUCUUCUCUCCUGGAACCUCAAAAUACCGGUAUGUAGGAAUUUGGUACAAGAAGAGCCCUGAGACAGUUGUAUGGGUUGCAAACAGAAACAACCCACUCACUGAUCAUUUUGGGGUGCUAACAAUUGACAACAGGGGAAAUCUUGUUCUUCUCGACCCAAUAAAGAAUAUUAUAUGGUCUUCAAAUUUAUCAAGCGUUAUAGCAGGUCCUGUCGCACAGCUAUUGGAUUCUGGAAAUCUUGUUCUUAGGGACAAUGGUAGUAGCAGAAACACUGACAGCUAUCGAUGGCAGAGUUUUGACCAGCCAUCAGAUACACUAUUACCAGGCAUGAAGCUGGGAUGGAACUUAAAGACCGGUCAAGAAAGGUACCUGAUCACAUGGAGAAGUAUCAGCGAUCCAUCCCCCGGAGACUUUACUUAUAGACUUGACAUUCGUGGUUUACCUCAAUUGUUUAUUGUUGUAGGAUCUGUGAAGAAGGUCCGCAGCGGACCAUGGAAUGGAAUUUUCUUUGGUGGCACUCCUAAAGUCUACAAUUCAGUAUUUGAACCGAUUCUGGUUCGUAAUGAGGAUGAAAUAUAUUACACGUACAGGCUUUUGAACAAUUCAGUUAGUUCGAGAUUAACCCUGAAUCAAUCAGGUGCAGUAGAACGUCUUGUGAUGUAUGAUCAGAACUCUGGAUGGACAACGAUAUACUCAGUACCUGUGGAUACGUGUGAGAAUUAUGGGCAAUGUGGUGCUAAUGGUAUUUGCAGAACUAGGACGUCACCUAUUUGUCAGUGUUUGGAAGGGUUUAGAUCCAUACCAGAAGAAGAAUUGGAUAUACAGAAUUUUUAUGGGUCUAGAAAAUGUGAGGCGAGAUUGACAUUUGAUUGCCAACCAGGUGAGGGGUUCCUCAAGCUUUCAGGGGUAAAAUUGCCUGAUUUGUUAGAGUUUCGGUUGAAUGAGAGUAUGAAUCUGAAGGAAUGCGAGGCAGAGUGCUUCAAGAACUGUUCUUGCUCAGCUUUUGCUUCUUCAAAUUUAAGUGGAGGUGGAGAUGGCAGUGGCUGCUUGAUGUGGUUUGGGAACCUAAUAGACAUUAGAGAGCAAUCAGGAAGUACGAUAGGACAGGAUAUCCAUAUACGAGUACCAGCUUCAGAAUUAGAAAUGGUGCGUAGCUCGAAAAGGAAGAAAAUGUUAAAGACUGCCCUGGUGGCUUCAAUGUCUACUUUGUUAGGCAUUUUUGUCUCAGGUUUGGUGCUCUGCAUUAUUUGGAGGAAAAUAAAGAGGAAGGUAGGAAUGGACCGCAGGAAGGAAGGCAUGGAAGCACCUCUGUUUGAUUUGGAUACAAUUGCUACUGCAACUAACAAUUUCGCGCCCGACAGUAUAAUUGGAGCUGGGGGAUUUGGUUCUGUUUACAAGGGUAAACUUUUGACAGGACAAGAAAUAGCAGUGAAGAAGCUGUCAAUGAAUUCAGGACAAGGUGUUGAAGAGUUUAGGAACGAAGUAGUUUUGAUUGCCAAACUUCAACAUAGGAAUCUUGUUGGGCUCUUGGGAAGCUGUAUACACAGAGAAGAAAGGAUGUUAAUCUAUGAGUAUAUGCCUAACAAAAGCUUGGAUUAUUUCAUCUUUGAUCAUGAAAGAAGUGUGUUAUUGGGAUGGAAAGAGCGUUUUGUUAUUAUUUUGGGUAUCGCAAGAGGACUUCUCUACCUCCACCAAGAUUCCAAACUUCAAAUUGUUCACAGGGAUCUCAAACCAAGCAAUGUUUUGCUAGACAGUAAACUGAUCCCUAAAAUUUCAGAUUUUGGUUUGGCAAGAAUAUCUGGCGAUGAUGGAAAAGAAACAAAAACAAAGAGAGUUAUUGGGACAUAUGGCUAUAUGGCUCCUGAAUAUGCCAUUGAUGGAAAAUUUUCAGUCAAGUCUGAUGUUUUCAGCUUGGGUGUGCUUCUGUUAGAGAUAAUAAGUGGUAAGAAGAAUAGAGGUUUUGUUCACCCGGAUCACCAUCACAAUCUUUUAGGACAUGCAUGGUUGAUGUGGAAUGAAGGCAGGGCCUCGGAAUUAAUCGACACAGGUUUGGAGGAUACAUCCGGAAAGUCCCAACUUCUAAGGUGUAUUCAAGUGGGGCUAUUAUGCGUCCAGAAGCUCCCUAAAGACAGACCAGUAAUGUCAACUGUAGUUUUCAUGCUAGCAAAUGAAGGAGCUGUGUUGCCUCAGCCUAAACAGCCUGGUUUCUUCAUAGAAAGGGGUUCCGUCAUCGAUGCAACAUCAAGAAAUGAAGACUCUUAUUCAACAAAUGAAGCAAAUAUAACUAUCCUGGAAGCUAGAUAGAUAAUUCCUGCGAUGUGCACGUCAGAGUAUAUACCUGAGGAACUGUUUUUCUAAGCAUAAUAGCCACUGAGAGCUUGGUGCAUGUUUGAGUUUGUCGAUGAUUCUUAGACAAUGUUCGGUUUGCAUUGUAGUAGUGACAAACAUCCUCGAUUUCAUGGGUUUGAAAACAUUGACAAGGAAUUGCUCAAGUCUGGUAAUUACAAAUGGAAAAUAGAGAACUCGACAACAACAGUUUUCCUACAA